AUGGCACAAAUCAUGACUAUCUCAUUGUUGUUCGUCUCUCUCACAAUCUUAGGUUUUUUGGGCACGGUCGAGUCACGUUCCCGUGCUAGGACGUACCUAGAGGCACAAUGUAAACCGACGUUAUACCCUGAUCUAUGUGUAAGAACUCUCCUACCAUUUGCGAACAAAAAAGAAGUGCCUAGCCCGCAAAAAAUAGCUCAAAUUUCACUUACUACGUGUCUAGCCAAAGCCCGGUUCACAAAGGCUUAUGUGGACAUGAUAGCAAAAGAAUUUAACAGAACGAGAAAUCCUGAAGAAUACCAAGCCUUGGAAGACUGCUUGCAACAGAUAAACAAUGGAGUAAACCAAAUUACUCAGUCUGUUAAGGAAUUACGAAAGAUGGGCAACGACGGGGAGGAGAACUUUACGUGGCAUGAAAGUAAUGUCCAAAGCUGGGUCGGGGCUGCGCUAACAGACACCACGACAUGUAUUGAUGGUUUUUUAGGGGAUGAAAUUGGGAGUAAGGCUAAAAGUAUGAUCAAAGCAAGGUUUUUGAACGUGAAACAACUUGCUAGCAAUUCUCUUGCGUUGUUAAAUCGGUUUACAGCAAGGCAUCGUGCUUCACGGGCCAUCAAGAACCCAUAA